UUAAUGUUAUACCUUAGUUUUGUUUUAGGGAUUUCAAUGGUGGAAAAACGUGCGGAAGUAAGGUACAAUAUUCAUGGAAAUGCGCCAGAUGACCAAAAUGGAACGCUAACAAUCCCUAGAGAUGUGAAAAUUACAGCUUCCGAUCCAGGCCAAGCCGAUAUUCACCAGAUAGCCGCCAUGCGGGUGAAUCACAUAGGUUUCUUAAGGGCUUAUUUUGUUGAUGGCACAAAUAAGAAAAUUAUUUAUGAACCUUGGCAGUAUACCCUUUCUGAUUGGUUAUCAUUAAGCUCGGUUCAAAAAUACAAACGUUAUAUACCUGAAGGUUUUACCGCGGAUCACUAUAAAAUAUCAAUGGAUGUUAUUGACUACAUCAGGCAUCUCUUGUAUGCAUUGAUGCACUUGCACAAGAAGAAUUAUUGCGUGGAUGGUAAUUUUACGAUUGACAACGUUGUAAUAUCGAAUGGAAUGCCCAAAUUCAAGGGAUUGGGAGUACGUCUGAUUAAUGAAAAACAAAAAGAACAAGAAGUUGCCCAAGUGAAAGGAGAUUAUACUAAUUUUAGAAAGUUGGUGAAUAGAAUCCUCACAUAUAAUGACUCUCCAUGUCCUCCAAAUCGUCAAACUCCUGAAGGCAUUAAAUGUCCUGAAGACGACAGUAAUUGUGCUCAACACAGUAAAUGUCCUGCAGACAUGAGACAUUUUCUCGAUCUCUUACCUGAUCCAAUCGGCAAUGAGAUAUUGAUCAUGUACCAUUGUGCUUUGUGGACAAGCAAACAAAAAAUGGGCUAUUUGCAUUUAUUUCAUGAUGGUUGGGACUACUUGCCCGGGAGAAUCCAAAAAUCCUUGGAGAUAAAGUUUGACAAUAUUACAGAAUUGGGAAAUUGGAAAGCUGAUGCCAUGAAGCAAAAAAACAGCCCACUGUACAGAGUGUACCAAUUUAAAAACCGUCCUAAAUAUAUCAGAUAUCACUUUGAGUUUCUAAGACAUUAUAUAGCUCAUGUUUCAAAAAAGGUCACGUGGGUAAGUAGUGCCAUUAUUAUUACAUUUAUUUAGCAUUAUUAUUAUUAUUAUUAUUAUUAUUAUUAU